AUGUUACGGUCAUCUGAAUCUGUGGCAAAUCGACGACAGCUAUGGAGAAAAUUCACUGGAUUAUUGUUUUUCAUUGCGGUUGCAGAAGCUUUGCGAUGUCGCAGCGAUGAUGGUCCUUCGGAGGCUGAAUUGAAAAGAGUUGGCCGAAAUUGUAUGAGAAAAUUUGGUGAAAAUGUUUUCAAUAUGCAAAAUAAUCAGCAGCAGCAGCAACAACAACAGCAGCAACAGCAAUCACAAGGACAUUACAGCCAACAAAGGUCUAAUCGUAAUGGUUACAAUAUUUAUCCCGAUUACGAUAAUGAUGAUGGCAGUGAUGAAAGCCAUGGAGGUAAUAGUAAUGAAAAUAGUGGUGGCGGUAAUCAAUUUUCUCAAAGAAAUUAUCAACAAAAUAAUCAGAAUAAUAACAACAACAAUGGCAGAGGGGGAGGUGGAGGUGGAGGUACUGGCAGAAAUCAGAAUAAUGACAAUAAUGGCCGAUCUGGCAAUUCAGGUGGAGGAGGCGGUAAUACGAACUAUGGCAACAAUGAGAAUGAAGAUCGUUGUGGAAAUCAAAAUAAUCGCCAGCGUUCGGGAUCAAAUGGCAAUAGAUCAAAUGGAAAUUCCGGUGGUGGCGGGAGCAACAAUCAAAGGAACCAAGGAGGUUCCGCACAGAAUGGUCGAUAUGGCAAUAAUAAUCAAAAUAACAAUAAUAGGAGCAACAACAAUAAUCAAAAUAAUAACAAUAACAACAACAGAAAUCGAAACAAUAACUCCAAUUAUAAUAACAACAACAACAACAGAAAUAGCAACAAUAAUAAUAACAACAACAAUUCUUCUUCAUCGGAUAGUAAUUGCAUCGUCCAUUGCUUUUUCGAUGAAAUGAAUAUGUUAAACAAAAACAGCUAUCCCGAUCGUCAUAAGGUCCUCUAUGGUCUCACCAAGGAUAUGCGUGAUCGCGAAUUACGCAACUUCUACACGGACACCAUACAGGAAUGUUUUCGUUAUUUGGAGUCGCAAAGACGCCGCGAGAAGUGUCAAUUUUCACGUGACCUCAUCUCCUGCAUGACCGAAUAUGCCAAAGGCAAUUGUGAGGAUUGGAAUGAAUUUAGUAUGAUGUUCAAUUAGAUAUGUAAGAAAAUGUGAAGUAGCUAAA